GUUCAACGCUUCUUUUCUCUUCCUCUCCACUUUUUCCCCACCCUCUUCCUUUCAUUUCCUUUUAUCACUCCUGCACUUGCACUUUUAUAAUCCACAUCUUAAACAGGCCCUCAGAAUUCACAACUACAGACCAUGCAUCCAGCAGCGUACACCGGCGGCUUCUUUGGUUUGAUCGUCUUAAUCCUCGAUCUUAUUGCAAUCUUUGAAGUCCUCAACUCGAGUAGAAGCAUCGGCUCCAAGUUUCUUUGGUCUCUACUUAUUUUCAUGUUCCCUGUCUUUGGAAUCAUCAUUUAUUUCUUGUUCGGAUCUCGAGAAGAGUACAAUUACGAUGGCUACGAAUCUAUUGUCUAGAAUCUCACAUUUCAAUUGCUAAAAGAUUCAAUGAAGAAAAAAAAAAAACAUCAACACAUUCAUAUUUACAAACACACACAAAAGAAAAAGGGCGGGAACAUCGUCAUAAUUGCA